AUGAAUCAAAGUGCUGUUCUUAUACUCUGCCUUAUCUUUCUGACUCUGAGUGGAACUCAAGGAAUACCUCUCUCUAGAACUGCACGCUGUACCUGCAUUAACAUUAGUGAUCGACCUAUUCCUCCAAGGUCCUUAGAAAAACUUGAAAUGAUUCCUGCAAGUCAAUCUUGUCAACGUGUUGAGAUCAUUGCCACAAUGAAAAAGAAUGGGGAGAAAAGAUGUCUGAAUCCAGAGUCCAAGACCGUCAAGAAUUUACUGAAAGCAAUUAGCAAGCAAAGGUCUAAAAGAUCUCCUCGAACACUGAGAGAAGUAUAA